AGCUCACAUAGCAAGGAAUCUAGUUACACUACUUGUACACUACUGUGUGACAGUUCAUGGUGAAUUAUAGCCAAUGACGCUGAUAGCUCAAGACGCUGAUAACUUAUUAAAAAAAUGCACUGAAUUGUUUUGAAAAUGCUCACAACACGCCAGUGUUGUAAAGCGAGAGGUUAUACCACUGUAAGUUUUACAUCAGAACAUGAUAAUCCUCGUAUAAUGGGUUAUUUCCACGAUUGUGUGAAUAUGAUGCAAGUCAAGAGAUGGGUUUUGCUUAGCGUAUUGGUAUUUUUAGGCCAGUUGGUAGAGGUCAAAACCAUUCCACAACACCACAUAGCCUGUCAAACGCUGGAUACCAUAUACAAAAAUCAACUUAACAUUGCAUGCAAUUCGGAUGGUCUACUGUACAUAAAUAAACUGACUUUAAAAAAUUUAGGCCAACAGUCCGAUGCGAAAGCAGACAAUGAAAGCGAGUGUCAGAGAACAUCCGUUUCAUCUUGUUUCCGUUCUAUUCCGUCGGACAUUCCUUGGAAUUACACAUUUUAUCGUAAAGUAUCAAAAAUCUGUAAUGGAAAACACAACUGCAAUUUAGAAUCGAGUGAUUUUGUUUCCUAUGUAACUCAAUUUCGAGACCAGUUUACAUGCAGCAACAGGGGUCAUUUAUAUUAUACAAGAAUUGGAUGUUUUUUUGAAUGUUUUCUAACUAAAGGACAAGUUUUGGUCGGAAAAAAUAUUGCCGAAACCAAGAAUGGGUCUCUGUAUCUGCGGUCAAAUGAAACUGGGCGCUGCCUCAUAAGGGGAUCCAUUGAAUCAGCCAGGAUCCUGGAACAGGUCAACAUGACAUUUACUGUCAGUGAUAGAAAAUCCAGCCUCUGUACAGAGGUGUUUACCAAUGAAUCAUUCAACCACAAUAAAGACCUCUCUUGUUUACGGGGUGUCAAUGAGUUCCGUCUGGACAUCCAAACAACAGAUACUUUGAUAGGGAAAUUAUGGAUUGAAUUUAAAGGGACUUCGAUGCAAUUGGUAUGUGGGGACAACAUUCAAUUUCCAUCCAUCGUAGGCGAUGUUCAAGAUUCGGAACAGAAUGCUACUUCUACAUUACUACCAGUAAUAAUUGGACUUAUUGCUGGACUCCUGCUUUUGUUAGCUCUGAUUCUGGUUGUACUUAAAAGAAAGCACGCUCUAACGAUAAAAGCCGAGGCAAAGCAUCGUACUAUACAUGCAACAACCACGCUUGAAGGAGAUGAAGAUUGUACAUAUUACAACAAUGAGGUCGAUAAACCUCGAAAUGACUCCAACGACGUACAUGGGACAUCGUCUUCAUUUGAUGACUCUCUCUAUAACACGAUAGACACAGGUGGUAAUUACUCGCAAAUAAAUAUUAAAAAGAACACUUCAGAAUCUGGGGGACGCAAUGGAGAACAUAAUGUAAAGAACGGAGCAGAUGAUACCGAGAAGUCGCGGGAUGAGUCACGUGAUACAAAUAACGUUACCCCCAGGUCUAGUAACACAUUAGAGAUCAAACCCAACACAAUCAUCGGUGAGGUGACGGGAGAUGUCUAUGCCGCUGUGUGUAAGACGGACGAUCUGAAAAGCAUGCGUAUUACUGGACCGAAAGGAGACAUCUAUGCAACGGUUUCUACGGCUUCAAAUGUAGAAUAACUCUUAUCAAAAGUCCUAUAUUGGACUGAAGACGUCGAUCUAAGGCAUCCUGCAAAUGUAAUUAUUUGCGCACGUUGCAUAACUUUUUUUGUAAACGUACUUUAUAACUUUGCACAAAAAACUUCAUGCAAAUAUUAAGUGCGAAUGUGCCUUCCUUGAUCUACAUGUAUUUACUAUGAUGUGGAUACAGCAAUACAGUUUACAGAUUCACGCUAUUAUAUGCUUCAAAAUGUCAUUUGGUAACUUCAGUGGUAUUUCUGAAAGCAGCAGUACUUCAAAUUGUUCAUAUAAUCUGAAAUUUAAUUUAGCAAAAUUAUACUAUGGGUUGAAAAAUGAAUACUUUAACACACCUUGUCAUAGUUUCAUUCAAGUUGUUACGAUUUGAUUUAACGUUAUAUGUCUCUAACAUUGAAGAGUCCCUAAUAAAUAGCAUUUGUUGAUGGUUCUCAGCUAAUUAUAACAUUUGUAUGUCUAUGAAUUGUUAUGUUCAGUGAAUCAAUUUCAUGGAGAUUUUUUUUAUUUAAUGCGGAUUAUCGACUAAGAUAAUUAAACAGCACAGGAUAUACAUCAGUAUUAUAAAACACUUAUCUACAACCUGUGAGUUAGUGGGAUAGUCAUUCAACAAACCCUUGGCAUUAGUAAGGUUGACAAGCUUUUGGGUAAUGCCUCCUUCUGGAGGUUUAGUAAAUGAGGUACCACACUCUUAGCGAGUGGAUGAAUGUAUACAGUCUUUCCUGAUAUUUUUAACCAAUGAAAUAUACAACAUGACAUGUUGUAUUACAAUAUAUUUGUUAAAAAUAAAUUGAAUCCGGAAGGACAAAACCUCAA